AUGUGACUGAGCUCUAGUCUUCCGAGACUACCUACUUAAGAUAUCUCUUUAUCAGCAACCUUGCUUCAUCUCACCAAGUUCCUCUGGGACAAAUUGGAGAUAACAAUGGCUGUGUCCGACUGGAAAAGAACCUUGGGAUUUUCGGAGAGAUUGACAGCCAUUCAAUCACUUACCACUGCCUUUCAACGAGCCUCAUCCUCUGCUGCAUUUACCGAGGCCCAGUCCCAGGCGAGGAGAUGUGAAAACGGAGCUUAUGAUAAAGCCUCGUCGCGCGAUGAGUACGAUGCACUUUGCCAAGAGGCUAUUGACGCAGCAGAGGCCAUAUAUUCAGUAGACCUAGUCGACAAUAGUUCCGCCGAACUACGCGCUGAGCCAAAUGAUUUGGAUUCAGGCCACGGCGAAGUGAUUGGUCCCUACCAGUCAUGCGUACAUCAUUUUGACGGCCUUCAUUCGACUGUCUACAAAUCGCGGUGUGCAGACAGUGCAGUCGUCGCGCUCAAGGUUCUCAUACCCCACAUGUUGACGGCUCCACACAGCGCCAUACGUGAGGUUCAGCUACUGCGAGAUGCAGCUCAUGCUCACGUGAUACAUUUAAUAGAGACACUCAAACUAGAUGGAGGACGUCUAGUGUUGGUGUUUCCCUUCAUGAAGCAUGACUUUGAACAAUUGCUCCGUCGGGGUGCAUUAACAGCCGCACAGACGAGAUCCCACUUGAGAGAUAUGUUUCGUGCUAUCGCGCAUAUACAUGGACUGGGAAUCAUACAUCGGGAUAUCAAGCCGUCUAAUAUUCUUAUGGAUAGUCCCGACGGUCCUGCUUACUUGGCAGACUUUGGCAUUGCUUGGAAAAAGGGGAUCAAAGAUGCGGAACCAGCCGACAAGAAGAUCACAGAUGUAGGCACCACAUGUUAUCGAUCACCAGAACUUCUCUUCGGUUUCAAGGGAUACGGAAAUGCUCUUGAUCUUUGGGCAGCUGGCUGUGUUGUGGCCGAGUCUCUGUCUGUGGGACAUCACCAAUUGUUCGACUCGGGACCCGUUGGAAGCGAUCUGUCGCUCAUCCAAUCGAUAUUCGUUACUCUGGGCACUCCUGACGAGACCACCUGGCCGGAAACCAAAAUUCUCCCUGAUUGGGGAAAGAUAGAGUUCAAGAAGUAUCCUGCCAAGCAAUGGGAUGAGAUCCUCAAAGGGGCCUCGUCCAAAGGGCGUGACUUGGUCAGCAAGCUCGUCCGAUUUGAAAGUAGUGAGCGGUUAUCCGCAGAAAAGGCACUGAACCACCCCUAUUUCUCAAAUAUCUGAAUCGUUGUGUCCCUGAACCGUUCCUCACCUCACUUUGGUCGUCAGGAUGUAGGCAUAGUUCUCGGACUGGACUCUGACAACGAGCCAUUUCUCAUGAGUCUUCUACUAUUGUCAUGUGAUCAGAGAGUGCGGAGCAGCAUUAUUUAGCCCACCUCAGCAUAUCAUAUGCUCUCCAUGCAUUCCGGCAAGCUGGCGAAACUGGAGCAAUAGGCCUGUGUCCUGUGGGAAGAGGGGCAGACAUUAACUAAUGGC